AUGUCUUCAGGCGGAAAUGUUGGGGUUGGGGUAGCAAAGACAAUUAAGACCAAAGUCAAGUCGAACCUCGGCGAUAUCUUGCCCGCUCGCUUCUACAACAUGAUGUGGACUUAUCGCUUAGGCCAACUUACCACAAGCAAUGUACGUCGUCUCAAGGAUGCAAGCAUCCCCUUCGACUAUGGGGGUAGUAACAACGAUAGCGAUAAUAAAAGUGGAGGUGGUGGUGAGAACAACAACAAUGACGGUGCUAACUCACCCGUGAAGAGCGAUUUGCAGCCUCAUGCAGUUCACAAGUUCGACCGCGACCGUGAUGACAAAUGGUCCCUUUUGAUUGCGAUUCCGAAGAACUCGGACCAUUUCCGCAACAUCGUUGACUGCCCGCGUGGUAGUUUCAUGUUUGGUCAUACCGACCCGCAGUUGUUCCACUGGUUUAAGCAACUUGGCACCCUCCCACCACGGGCCAUUGUCUCAGGUCGGUUCGAAGUGCUUUCGGGCGAUCUCCUGCAGGAAGCUUGGGAACGUACAUUCGUUCGUCAUCCGGUAAUCCACAGCAUCGCACAGGAGAUGUGGAACCGAAAGGAAAGUAAAACUGAGGAGGAGAUCGUUACGAUUGAGCGUCGGGAGCGGGAAGAAGAUGAAAAGCGGAUGAGGCGUAUGAGUAGCAGUGAUUGGCGGGCGAAAUUUCGAGAACGUGAGCGAAACCCGACACCAGAGGAAGACGAAGAGCGCCCGGUGUAUGUGAUUAAGCCUGAUGCUUUUGCGGUACUGCGACUAAAGCCCGAUGUACAACUGUGGAUGGACUGCACUUCACAGACACAUCGUGUGUGGGAACCACUCAUCGCAGAACCCGAUCCGUUGUGUCGCUGCUCACCGCGCUUCGUGAGGAUGCUUAAUCUUGCACGGCAGAAGUUGGUCCCCUCACUCAAUAUGAACUAUUCCCUGAAGCUAGCGAAUGCGUUUGUGUUUGAAAUCGACCAAAAGGGACUCUGGGCCAUGGGCACGCAGGAGAGUCUCGACGCGGGAAAUGCCGAUGGUGGUGGCGAAAACAAUACGCGUCGGGAGGAGUGGACAGAGCUGCGAUUGGAGUUCGGAAACAAGCAAGUCAUUAACACUGAGCAAGAGUUGGAGUGGUGGGUUAGGGGGCUGACCAAGUUGGGAGCACCUGAGAUGUCGCAAUCCAACAGUAGUAUCGAGGACGCAGGAAUGAAUCCGGAGGACUACGACUAUCGGCAUAUUUGA